AUGGCAUUCCAACCCACCCAAACCUGGUAUCCAUCAUACAACGACAUCCAGCCAAACCCCGACUCACCUUUCAGCAAUGCCACCCCCCAAAUCCUCGAUAUCCCUUUGAAUUUUCAAGAAAUACACUAUAGAGAGAUCUGCGGCAUGUUAAAAUACACUCAAGACAAUACGCGACAAGUCACGAAAGAUAAGAAGAAAUACUCCCGAGAACUUCAGGUUGCAUUGAUGAGAUUGAAUGUGGGAGGAGGAGAGGGAAGAGAUGGAAGGGAGAGAUUGAGGAAAGUGGCUGUGUUGCGAAAAGUAGUGCGGUCACAUCAGGAUUAUAAGAAAAAUUUGAUGCAGUGUGAGAGUGAGUUGUGGAGGAAGGAAAAUGAGUUGAGGAAAAUGUUGAGAUUGCAGGUGAGGGAGAAUGGGAAUAAGGAUUAUUAUGAGGGGAGAAAUUGGUGGUUUGUGGCGGGGGAAGAGGAAAGUGAUGAGGAGGAUGACGACGAUGACGACGAUUAUGAGGAUGACGACGAUGACGAUGACGAAGACGAAGUUGAAGGGACGAAGGAAAUGGAACUAGAGUGCUGGAGUGAGGAAGAUGAGGAUUUGGAAAUGAAGAUGGAAGGAUGA